GGUCCCGGAAUGUGCCUUGUGCUACCUCCAGCGCUAGUGGCCGAAUGACAGCUGACGUCUGCUCUGAUCUCAUGUCCUGGUUGCCCGGUAGUAUAAUUUAUUGCUGCUUCCAGAAACGGCUGACCGCGUACAAAACGGCAUCCCUGCUCGCUGUCCGCUUGCACCACCUGCAGAGAUCAAUCACCACUUCGAUCUGUAGUGACGAGUGCAAGCGAACACAUUACGCAGUGCUCGAGAUGGCGGCGGCGGCGGCGAGCAGGAAGGCGCAGUCGCUGGUGGUGGCGGCGAGCAUGGGCGCGGUGGAGGCGCUCAAGGACCAGGCGGGGCUGUGCCGCUGGGACUACGCGCUGCGCUCGCUCUACCAGCGCGCCGCCGCGCCCAGGAUCCGCGCCCUGUCCGCCUCGCUCUCCGACUCCACGGCGGAGCUGCCCCGGGCGAGCGCGGGCCGGCCGGCCGCGGAGGACGCGAGGAUGCGGAAGGCGUACCACCUCCUGUGCUGGGCCCCCAAUUGAUUGAUCUCGACGCUGAGCCGCUCAUGUUGGUUUCCUCUUCUGGUCUCGUCGUGUAUUGCUCCAUGCCUCCACCGACAUAUCCUUGUACAUGAGCAGAUGAGAGAGCGAUGCAGUGUUCAUCUUUGGGUUUAUGCUCUUUUAUGCAUUGCCGGCUACGGAUCAAGUCCAGUGUUUUACUUA